UGGCGAAGACAGCGCGUCAAAGAAAGAUUCAAGCAGUACAAUCGUGGUGAAGCAACGUUAACUGAACUUGAGACAACCAUCAGCAAGAAUCCCAGCACCAUAAACACCGUGACUUAUGAGGGCCUUGUGGCCACUGAUUUUCCCCGGGACCACUCCGAGAACGAGGCCCAAGCGAGGACCAUAAUCACAAAACUGUUAGAGGUCGUCUAUAAGGAGCUUCGGCUUAGUGGCUUCGCUGGGCCUAAUGAUAUCCGAAUGUUGCAAGAGACAGCAUUCACGUUCUACCCGAUGAGGUGGAAGGAAGGUUGGAAACACUCUAAGGUCCGUUGCGUAGGGAGGACGGACUUUUCUUUCUAUUUCGGCGACAAAGUGGCCCAGGCUAUCAAUCUAGUAGUCAUCGAGGCAAAGCGCCUCGGGUAUUUGGCACUGGCGAGGGACAGACCCUAG